GUCGCUAGCUUUGCGCUGCCUGUUGCUUCGCCACCGGACAGCUCGUCUCAGCAGUUACCCACCAUGCUUGACCCGAUGGAGAACGGCCUGUAUAACAUUCCUGACUACGAUGGCAUGGAGGAUGAAGCUUUCCCUCCCCUCCCGCCACCUCACUCCCCGGGCCAAGGAGGACCAGAUGAGGACGACCCUUUUGCAAAUGGGGAGGAAGACGGCGAUGUGUCCAAGCUGGCUGACGUCCCUGUGGCGAAGAGGAAAGGCAUGAAAAGGCCACAACCCAAGCUGGACUCUCACAGGCUGAUCUCAGAAAGAGGACUUCCUGCUCUGCGAACGCUGUUCGAUAACGUCCACUUCAAAGGCAAAGGACAUGAGGCUGAGGACCUGCAGCUGCUGAUGCAGAAGAUGGAGAACUGGGCCCACAGGUUGUACCCUAAACUGCAGUUUGAAGACUUCAUCGACAGAGUGGAAGCGCUGGGCAAGAAGAAGGAAGUGCAGACCUGCCUCAAACGGAUCCGGCUGGACAUGCCUCUGACACACGACGAUUACCGGGGUCAAGACGGUGAAGAGGAGGCAGCUCCCACGUCUCAUGUUUUCGGGGACUCAGAUCCGUUUAUUAGCUUCCCUAAUGACCCGCAGGAGCUGGUCCAGUCUACCCCGGCUCCAGCCGCCCCGCCCGCUGCCUCUCCACCCGCUCCCUCUCUGACCGAGGAGCAGCGUGAACGCAUGGAGCUGAACAGACGGCGAGCCCUGGAGAGGAAGCUCGCCCGGCAGCAGCAGCAGACAGCAGAUCCUUCACACUCCCAGACUGUGGACUCGUCAGCCGACGAACCCACAUCUGCCUCCUCUGCAAAUGUCCUCGACCGCUCUGAAGAUCAGGAGGAGGAGGAGGAGUUAGACCUGGAGCCAGCCAGCAGCAGCACACAGCAGCCCGGCCAGCAUCCGCACAAAGACUCUGAACCUUCUGCUGCAUCACCUCAGCGGGAGCCAGAGGAGGAGAGCAGCGUCAGCCGCGUCCAGCAGCCCAGCAGCAGCUGUGAGGACGGACAUUAACGCUCAGGUGCAGCAGACAAACACAAUCCUGUUCCUCACUCCUGCCUGAAAUAUACUGAUCCCACAUCUGCUGUGGCAGCAGCAGCAUUAAGUGAAUAUCCAACCGACAGGAUUCUGUUUGGUUUCACCAGUUCCAGUUAUUCCUGAGUUGCACCAGGUGUUACCUGUUACCUGCCUGCAGUGAAGAGUUCCACGUUAUCGUUCAUGUAGUAACAAAACCAGAGCGCCAUGAGAAGGUCGCUGCAGCAGCAUCCGUGAACCCUCCGUGUUCUUCAGCUGUUUCACUGUUGAUUAAUCAGGAAAUAAUCACUGUUCUUACCAGUUUUUUAAAUGGCAACAAUAAUAAAGACUUCACUGAAUCUUUAAAAGCUUUCAGCUCUGAUUGGCUGACAGCUUCUCUGGUUUCAGAUAUUUACUCGUUUUUCAGGUUUUGAAUGUCGGCAGGUUUAUAUCUUCUAAUAACGAUGUACCACUACUGACAUUGAUUCAUCCAGAAACGUUUUAAUUACAAACCACAAAGUCAAAUUAUCAACCAUGUUACAAAAAUAGAUUCUGUGAAAACACUUCAGCUAAUGUACGAGUCAAUUAGUGUCAACGCUAAUUACAAGUCAGUCAUUAUUGAAGCACCGACUCAAUUGAUGUGGAAGAAAAAUGAGAAAAUUACAGUCGGGUUGGAGUGUUUGGUCGGACACUAAUCGGUCAACUGGAGAAACAUCUGCUUUGUUUCUAAAUUCAUAAAUCUGUUUGAAAUUGGCAGCAGUUUUCAGAAAGUCAGAGUUUGAUGAACUUUUGGUGAAGUGAAAUAAUUUUAUAUUACAUUCAUACUGUAUACUUUCUAUUAUUAGUAUAGAAUUGAGACCAUGUUUGAUAUAUUUGUAAUAAUAAUAAUAAAUGAUUUAUUAUUGUUGGAUUAUCUAACUGAAGUAUUGAUGCUGGUAUGAGGCUCUACUUGCUGUACACUGAUACACAGUGAAGUACUGUGUUAUCAAUAGGUUUGAAUGUACAUAAAUCAGUUUAUCAUUAUUUCUAUUCUGCUUAUUUGUAUCAGCAGCUACUUAUUUAGUUAAAAUGUCCUUUUAUGUGUCGGUCUGUAACGUCUUCACCAAACACUGACUCAUAACAUGAACAAUAAUUAAUUAUCAGUUUCACCUACAGUUCUUCUCUGUUUGCACGGACCAGAGUGUGUUUGCUUCUCUUUGGACCAACAGGAGGAAAAUAUUUCUCCUCUCAUUCAGUUUCAAGCAUCUCA